ACACAUGCCGGAGAGGUACAGAAUGUUUACAUAUAUAUACACACACACAUAUAUAUAUAUAUUUUUUUUUUUUACACACUAACUGUACUUCAACCAUGGUCUUUGUAGUAAAACUAUUGAUGUACAAAUAGAUUUUUUUUUCCUCACAGGACAGCAGCACCUACCGCAGCAGCCCAGCUCCUGACUCCUCGGUUUUGGGGUGCCUUUGAGGACCGGUUUCCCGUUACCCUUCACGGAAAGCCUCCAACAUGGGCGCAGGCAGCAGAGGCAGGAUUUAUGGACCGCAGCUACUACCACUACUGGAGGAGGCUUCAGUACAAGCUGCGGGUACAGUAUAUUCUUGAGCAGUCCACUGGCAGGACCAGCCAAAAACCCCUGGCAUCUCACGUCCAGCGUGCCAUUGCCAAGGAGAAUGCGUGGACCACCAACGUGCCCUCCGUGGACAGUGUUCUGCUGGCAUGGGUGCCCUGCCAGGAGCCAUCGGCUGCAGAGAAUGAUCCUGUGAUCAUUGCCUCCGUGGUCCAGCAGAAAUGGAAAGGGCUGGCCAUUAAGAGCUUUGAGGGGAAAGGCAAAGGGGUCAUUGCCACCAUGGAGUUCAAGAGGAACCAGGUCGUGUGUGACUACCACGGUGAAGUGGUCUCCAAGCAGGAAGGGGAGCGGAGGCUGGAGACCCUCACCGGGGAGCCAUCAUACCUGUUUUUCUUUAAGGGCAAGGGUGGCAAGCCUCUCUGCAUCGAUGCCCAGAAGUUCCCCUGUGACUGCCACCCAGACCAGGAGACUUAUGGGAGGAGGAUGAACCAUUCCUGCAGCAAAAACAGUGUGCGGCCUCAGAGAGUUUCUCUAAAAUUUCUGGAUGGUCCCAGGGAAUGCGUUCUCUUCUUCGCUCUGCAGGACAUUGCCGUCAGCGAGGAGCUCCUGUGGGAUUACGGGGUUCGCAGGACUUCAUUCCAAGGAGAAGGGUGGGAUCUUUCUUG